GUAAGCCUCGAUAGCAAUUGGGGCAAAUUGCACGUGUUUUUGACAAUCUAAAUAAAAUCUCCUGUCGAUUUGCGAAUAUAGUGACUGCGCCAUGGGCAAAAAGAACAAGGGCGGCGCCUCCAACCUGGGCCGCCAGUUGAUCAAGGAUCGUUUCGGACACACUCAGCGCCGCAAGGUGGACAACGACACGAUGCUGCACACCACCGAGCUGCAGGAUGGCUACGACUGGGGCCGCCUCAACCUGUCCUCUGUUACCGAGGAGUCGUCGUUCCAGGCCUUCCUGCGCACGGCCGAGCUGGCCGGCACUGAGUUCCAGGCCGAGAAGCUGAACAUUACGUUCGUGAACCCCAAGCAGCGCGUUGGACUGCUGAGCAAGACGCAGGAGCAGCGCAUGCACCAGAAGCACGACGAGCACCGUGACCAGCUCAAGAUCCCGCGUCGGCCCAAGUGGACCAAGGAGACGAGCGCCGAGGAGCUGGUGCGAGCCGAGAACGAGGCAUUCCUCGACUGGCGCCGCGACCUGGCGCUGUUGCAGGAGGACGAGGAGAUCUUGAUGACUCCGUACGAGAAGAACCUGGAGUUCUGGCGCCAGCUCUGGCGCGUAGUGGAGCGCUCUGACGUCGUUGUGCAGAUCGUAGACGCCCGCAAUCCGCUGCUAUUCCGCAGCGCCGACCUUGAGCGCUACGUAAAGGAGGUGGAACCUAGCAAGAUGAACAUGAUCCUGGUAAACAAGUCGGACCUGCUCACUGAUGAACAGCGUCGCCAUUGGGCGGAGUACUUUGACAGCGAGGGUAUUCGCACGGCAUUCUACUCGGCCACGCUGGUAGAGGAGGAGUUGAAGCGGGAGGCGGAGGAGAAGGGCCUGGAUUCCUUUCCCGAGGUGCAACAGCUGCGCAGAGCAGUUGACGAGAUUAAACAGUCGUUGGAUAGCGUGGAGGACGCUUUGAACGUUAUAGAGCAGAAAUAUAAGACGAUUCCCGAGACUCAAAGCGAUGAGCUGCCACGAUUGCCCGGGGACAAGAACAGUCCUCGACUGCUGUCCCGCCUGGAGCUCAUUGAGUUCCUGCGAAACAUCUACACCGGUCCGCGGCACACAGAGCAGCACGUAACCGUCGGAAUGGUCGGCUACCCAAACGUUGGCAAAAGUAGCACUAUCAACUCGCUGAUGACAGUGAAGAAGGUGUCCGUUUCGGCCACGCCGGGCAAAACUAAACGCUUCCAGACGCUUUUCCUGGACAAGGACAUACUGCUCUGCGACUGUCCCGGUCUGGUGAUGCCGAGCUUUGUGUUGACCAAGGCGGACAUGUUGCUCAACGGCAUCCUGCCCAUUGACCAAAUGCGCGAUCACGUUCCCGCCGUCAACUUGCUGUGCGAGCGCAUUCCGCGCCACGUCCUAGAAGACAAAUACGGUAUUGUGAUAGCCAAGCCGCUGGAAGGCGAGGACAUGGAAAGGCCACCGCAUUCGGAGGAGCUGCUGCUGGCUUAUGGAUACAAUCGCGGUUUUAUGACCUCCAACGGGCAGCCGGAUCAGGCGCGAUCCGCCAGGUAUGUGCUUAAAGACUACGUCAAUGGUAGACUGCUCUACGCCAUGAGCCCGCCCUCGGUGCCGCAGACCGAGUAUCACACCUUUCCCGAACGCCAGCGCAAGGUCAUCGAGGAAUCACAGCUGCCAGGCCAGCAGCAGCGAGCGAUGCGGAUCAACAAAAGCACGUCCAAGGAGCUAGACAACCAGUUCUUCUCCGACAAGCCCACGCACGCCCACGUCAAAGGACGCACAAACUUCCCUAACGUGCGCCUGGCCAACGACGGGUCCCUAGUAGCCGGCAAUGAUCCGGCGGCCAAGCCCUGGCGUCAUGUGAAGAAGGAGAGGCGCGAAAAACUGCGCAAAAAGUUCUCGCACCUGGACGAGCACUGAUUGUAGCCCAUUAGUUAUUUAUUCCGAAGGGUGUGUCUAAGAGGCACUUGUAUAUUUUAAGCAUUAGACCUACAUAUAUAUUAAAGUCCCCUCGACUUCAAGAGUUUGAAGCCCCACAAUCUUA